ACUGGAUCAGAGUACUUGUUUCACUGCGUGUCUACCACACUUUGUGUCUCCUGCGCUCUCUUUUCGCCUUCAUUUUAUAACAUUUUUUGCUCUGACGCUGCUGGUAUUAAGCUCUCCCCACUGAUUUUCUACAGCUGCUCUUUAUCUUCAACCCCCCUUUGUUUUUUUUACCUCAAUUUUCCUAUUUGGUCUUCCCUCUCUAUUUUCACUUUGCCACUCUUUCUGCGCUGAUUCAGAGGAAUGCAGUAUGAGGCAAGCUGUGGCUCUUUGGCUGUUGAUACUUGCGACUCUGCUUCGAGCAUCGGUGCAGGGUCCACACCAGCGCUUUCUGCUCAGGGAGCUGAUGAGAGACUACAAUCCAAUGGAGAGACCAGUGGCCAACGACACUCAGACACUCACCGUCCAGUUCUCCUUUACUCUAAUGCAGGUCAUGGAUGUGGAUGAAAAGAAUCAGAUCCUCACCACAAAUGCCUGGCUGCAGAUGCAGUGGUAUGACCACUACCUCCAGUGGAAUCAGUCAGAAUAUCCCGGAGUCAAGAACCUCCGGUUUUCCCCCGACCAGGUUUGGACGCCCGACAUAUUGCUAUACAACAGCGCUCAUGAUAAGUUUGAUGCCACCUUUAAAACCAAUGUGCUGGUUAACUCCAGUGGCUUCUGUGAGUAUCUGCCUCCAGGAAUAUUCAUCAGCACCUGUAAUGUGGAUGUUAGAUGGUUUCCGUUUGACAUCCAGCGAUGUGAGCUGAAAUUUGGCUCAUGGACCUUUGAUGGCUGGCUUCUAGACAUCCAGAUGAAGGAGGCAGAUGUGUCGGGAUACAUGCCCAAUGGAGAAUGGGAUCUACUGGAGGUCCCUGGAGAUCGCCACGAGGUUUUUUAUGACUGCUGUGCAGAGCCCUACCCAGAUGUUACAUUCGUGGUGACAUUGCGAAGGAGGACCCUGUUUUACGCACUCAACCUCCUCCUUCCCUGCGUCCUCCUCUCCUCUAUGACCCUGCUUGUCUUUCUGUUACCUGCCAACUCAGGAGAGAAAAUCAGCCUUGGAAUCACGGUUCUGCUUUCUUUGACUGUGUUCAUGCUGAUGGUGGCAGAGAUUAUGCCAGCCACUUCAGAUUCGGUACCAUUGAUUGGUCAGUACUUUGCUAGCACCAUGGUGAUUGUUGGGAUGUCAGUGGUGGCCACCGUUAUUGUCCUCCAGUUUCAUCACCACAGCCCUGAUGAUGGACAUAUGCCACGCUGGGUGCACUUGGUUCUGCUCCAGUGGGUCCCUUGGUUUCUGCGGAUGAAGCGUCCGGGGGAGGGAGGUGAACCCACGCUUUCCAACUGCCAAGCAGACUCACAGAGCAAGACCCUGUCUUCUCCAACCACCACCACUACCACGACCACCAUCCCAACCCUAGCACCCUCCAUCCUCCCGCAGAGCCUCAGCUCCCUGCAGGCUAGUCUGGUGCAGCUCAGCCACCCCCUGUCGCACCCACUUCCUCAUCGACCAAUCUCCCAGGCUGUGAUCCUUCCCAAUCCAAGCCACAGAGACCUUAGCCCCAACCCACACUCUCAGCCUAACGGCCACCUACCUUACAUGGGCUUCCAAACCUUUCAGACUGCUGCAGAACUGGAACCCGUCCAGAGGAGCAGCGCCACAAGUCAUGGGAGGGGUAAUGCCGGAGCUGGAGAGGGAGAUGGAGGGGCAGCAGGAGGACCCGUUGGAGAUAUAUCAAUACAUCACCACCUCCAGUCCUCCAAGUAUGGGGGCACCCCUCUGGAGCCGCCAGUUUCUCCAGACCCGGAUCCUUCAAUCACAGCCUCUGGGCCGUGCGGCUCAGAGGCCGGAGGCGGGAGGUCGGCCGCACUACAAACCAGCGGUGGGAUGAUUCGAUCGGCUGCAGUGGACAACCAGCUGCAGGCGCUCCUGGUGGAGGUGCAGUUUUUGGUUGAACGUGUGCGUGAGCAGGACCGUCAGCUGAGCCGGGCAGAGCAGUGGCAGUUCGCGGCGGCCGUCAUCGAUCGACUGUGCCUGGUUGGAUUCAGUGUUUUCAACAUCAUCUGUACUAUCGCAAUUCUCAUGGCUGCGCCUAACUUUGGGGUAGCACUGUCCAAAGACUUCCUCUGAGGGGUGUAAAAAAACUGCUUUAAAAAAGAGGGAUGUGUGAGGAGGAUUGAUGGAAGCACAACUGCUGUGACACUGGGACACAGAAUGGGGAAAAUUCCCGUUUUGUAAGUUGGAGUUGGUUAUGGACAAGGUUUCAGAAGUAUUAUGAAUUAUUUUGGUCGAAGAAAAAACUGAUCCUCCACAUUACCUACGUACCAGCUCACUCAGUGUCAUAGUUUGACAGAUUGACUUGAUAAUUAUCUUAAUUUUAACAUCUGAAAAACAACUUUAAGUUUUUUAAGAGGUGACCUGUUUCUGCCAUUCACCUAUCACUUCUUUUAAAUCGGAAUGUGCAACUUUAUGUCUGCCAGAGGUAGACCUUGGAGACCUCAACUCGUUAUCAUGACUGAGACAACCAAAGAUCCACAAGUACUGCUCGACUGUCUGUUAGGUGAUGAUUAGAAAGCAGACUCCCAGAUAUCUGUGAUGCUUUGCCACUUCCAUCUUGGGAAUCAUAUUCCAGGUCCUCUGAAAAUCUGCACUUAUCUCAUUUGUUUGUUUUCAAAAUUAUUUGUCAUUCUUUUUGAAGAACUCAGUAGAAUAAUUCUGUACUAUGUAACUUUUUAAAGGUACAGCAUUUGUUUUUAAAUAACAUUUGUUAAAAGCCCUAUCUAAAAAAAAGUGUUUAACCUUAUUAAGAUUUCUGGCAACCAAAGUCUUUAUUAGAAACUUGUAAGUUUCCCAGUGGGUAGUAAAGAUCAGAGUACAUAGUACUUUUGAUCAUCUGAGUAGACAGAUGAUUACAAGUAACAUAACAUGCACAGGGUGAACAUUCUGAGUAAACUAUGUAAAAGUUGUAGCUCACAUCAACAAACUAGACAGGGGACCAUACCUCUGUCUGAUUUGAAUUGCUGAAAAGGGGCCUGAGAGUAUAAAGGAUUCAGAUGUUUGCUACCCCCAAGCACUUCUGCAAAAUGACCACUCUCAGUCCAGUCUAACCGCAUACUAACUGCAAACUAAGAGUAUCUUUGGUCUUUAUGAGAUUGGAUGUACAAAAUGACUGUGGCCAGAAAUUUCACACAUGAAAACUCUGUGCGCCGUAAGGCUAUCUUCAUAUUUGGAGCUUAAUACUAGCAGAAAGCACACAGGCAUUCCCUGAGGAAUAUUUAACAGGCUGCCGAAGGGAUAUCACCGGUCUGCUGCAUCAUCUGUAAAGCUAGUCAGGCUUUGAUGUGAUUUUUUAAAAGAAAAAAUGCUCUUAUGUCUUUUCCUACCAUAUCCCAGUGAUUAACCAUGAAAGCAUAUUGGCACUUAAAUGAAUGCCCUCUCCCAUAUUUCUAUACAGUUGUCAAUUAUGAUCAAACUGCCAUGUGUGAAAUGAAAGAAUAAAUUGACUUUCACCAAACACACAUCUCAUCAGUCAAUAAACACACAUUCACCAACGUUUAAACGGACCCUCAAAGGAAAUCAUUUUCAGUGGAAAUGUUGGGCACUUGAAUUUGGAAGGUGGCAUACUGAG